GCGUCGAUAGAUCGGCGGCACACCGGUGGACGCUGGCGCACAUGUAGCGAGCGAGAGCGCUGCCGUGUAUAAUGUGUCAUUAUCAUCGCGAGAGCGGGGAACAGACACAACUGCGCUGAACAUCGGCGCCGCCGUUGGCCGCGGAUCCCGGCAGUCAGUCGACCGCUUGCCUCGCCCGCCGCAUCGACGUGCAAGAGAAGCACCACCCUCGCCUCCGAAGAGCAACCCUGCGAGCCAAAAGCGCAUAAAAAGUGGCCUGGUGACCAUUGCUUUCUUGUUGCCAACAGCCCCGCGGUUGCUCACUUUCGCCGGCAAGGUCACAUUUUCUUUGGUGCUGAAAACUAUUGAGAGCCCAAUGGUGACCUAACCCGGCGGGUGGUUGCAGUUCAUGGCUGCAGACUCUGCAGCAAAACGCCCAGAGACACAUUGUUCGAGCGUUUCCUCCACCACUACCUGCCUAAGCGAGUGCGUUCCGAGGCAGCCGAAACGUCGGCGGAGCUGUGACGCUCCAAAAGCCAUCUCUUCAGUGCGCGCCAAAAGUCAUCGAAUGAGAAGCUCGCCCGACUGGUCGGUGCUUCCGCCUGAAGUGUUGGCCAGCGUGUUCGUGCAGCUGCCGGUCGCCGACCUCGGGAGGGUGGCCUGCGUCUGCAAAUCGUGGAACAGAGCCUCCCAGUCCCCUCAGUUAUGGCAGAAGUUUGAGUUUGUCCUCAGCAAUGCCUCAAAAUCUUGCUUGCCAGCAACCUCGCCGGCGCUGAUCAACUUCGUCCUGAAGCGGCAUGCCAAACACCUGAAAUGCGUCAUCCUCAGGACGGACAGCUCCGUCGAGUCGGCGCAGAAGGCGUGUCACAUCCUCUCCAGGCAGUUAGUGAACUGUUCGCUGAAAACGCUGGCGUUGAUGAGCUCGGCGCGGCCCGUCUUCCUGGACGUCGACCAGGAGUCGUUCGUGUCCGCCCUGACGCUGGUGCUGGACCACUCGAGGGCCCUCAGCUCGCUGGCCAUCGACAACACGCCCGUCGACGACCCCUCACUCAAAGCGCUCGCCACGUCAAACUCACGCACCCUCCAGCUGCUUAGAAUGAAAUCGUGCCCCAGGGUUUCGCCAGGAGGAAUCGUGGCGCUGGCUGACCACUGCAGGUGUUUACGAGAGCUGUCCUUGAGCUACACUUUGCUGAGCGACAACCUCCUCAUGGCUCUCAGUUCCGAGGAGCAUGUUCGAUUAGAGUACCUGAGAAUUGAUAUUUACGGCGACAAAGACGCGCCGUUCAAAAGAGUUUCGCCACACUGUUGGAAGGCUCUCGUCGACCAUUCUCCAAGCAUGAACUUGGUGAUGUACGUGUUCGUCCUUCCGGAGGAGUCGCUCGAGUCGCUCUUCACGUCCUACCUGCCGGUGACGCAUCUGUAUUUUGGAGACUGCUUGCCAAAACGAGUUCUGGCGAGAAUAGCUAAACAUUGCCCAAGGCUGAGGGAACUGGUAGUUGGCGCCAAUGGGAGCACGACAAUCGACUCCGAGCUGCUCGGGGUCGCCUCUAAUUGUCCUCAACUCACUUCACUGGGACUUGGAGAGUGCGAGGUGACAUGUUCUGCUUUCGUGGAGUUUGUCAGCCGUUGCGGGCCAAAACUGCGGCAGCUGAGUGUGAUGGAAGAGUGUCUUCUCGAGGACGAGUUGCACGACAUUAAUAAAACUUGCAAACGCGUUUCCGAAAUUCUUGGUCGGGAUUGGUGUCCCGAAUUCAUGCCGAUUUGGUGAACAAGACUAAAAAACUGGUGUCCAUAUACCUUAAAUGUAUUCGUCUUAAAAUAAUCUACUAUUAUUUAGCCUAAAACGAAAUGAAUAAAAAAUGCUGAUUUAUAUUCAUCAUGUAAGGUUGCGUGUACAAUAAAUACACAACAUUGCGGA